CAAUCAACUGAGAUUAACCAUAAUGAAGAUUCCCAGAAUAUUUUCUUUCAAAAGUUUUUUACUCUCUUAUAUUUCUUCACAGUUACUUUUGCUUCCACUGGACUCCUAAAAUGGAAAGCAACUUUCCAUAACCAGAAUAAUACCUUAUUGGCUUCAUGGAAACUAAGUCCUGUUGGUUCCAAGAAUUCUUCCAGCGUCGGAGCGACGGGUUCUGAUGCAUGCAGGGGCUGGUAUGGAGUUACAUGCUUAAAUGGUAGGGUCAACAGGUUGAAUAUUACAAAUGCUAGUGUUGUUGGCACACUCUAUGAUUUUCCAUUUUCAUCUCUCCCCUUUCUUGAAUAUGUUGAUCUUAGCAUGAACCAGCUCUCUGGCACAAUCCCUCCUGAAAUAGGUAAACUCACUAAUCUAGUUUAUCUUGACUUGUCCAUCAAUCAGAUUUCAGGCACAAUCCCUCCACAAAUCGGCUCAUUAAGAAAGCUUGAGACCUUUCAUAUCUUUGACAACCAGUUAAAUGGUUCCAUUCCGGAAGAAAUAGGUCACCUAAGGUCUCUUACUGAGCUUGUUUUGUAUACUAACUCUCUUAAUGGUUCAAUUCCUGCUUCAUUGGGGAAUUUGAACAACCUGUCAUCUUUGUCUCUUUAUGGGAAUCAGCUUUCUGGCUCCAUUCCAGCAGCAAUAGGGAAACUCGUUAAUCUUGUUGAAGCUUAUCUCGAUACAAACCAGUUAACAGGUCAUAUUCCUCCAUAAAUAGGUAACUUGAUCAAACCACAAGUGUUUAAUGCUUUCUCUAAUGAAUUGUCUGGUCCCAUUCUUGUUGAAAUUGGACAGAUGAAGUCGCUUCAGAGUUUAAGCUUCCACACAAACAAUCUUUCUGGUCCAAUUCCCGAAAUAAUAGGUGACUUAACUGAGCUCCAACUCUUGCACCUUUAUGAUAACCAACUUUCUGGUUCCAUUACUAGUAAGUUGGGGAAUUUGAAAAACCUCACUGAUCUGCAAUUAUCCGGUAAUCAACUUACUCGGUCAAUUCCAGCUUCCUUGGGCAAUCUGAGAAAUUUGCAAACUCUGUAUCUCCGGGACAAUAAACUUUCGGGUUCCAUUCCACCAGAACUUGCCUAUUUGGAUAACUUAGUUGUGCUGGAAAUGGAUGAAAACCAAUUUUCAGGCCAUUUGCCUGAGAAUCUUUGCCAAGGUGGGAAACUUGAGAACUUCACGGUGAAUAGCAACAAGCUGUCAGGGCCAAUUCCAAGAAGCUUGAGCAAGUGCUCGAGUUUCAAAAGGGUUCGCUUUGAUAACAACAGUUUCACAGGGAAUUUAUUGGAAGCUUUUGGUAUCUAUCCAGAGCUUCAGUUCAUUGAUUUGAGCGACAACGAUUUUUAUGGUGAACUCAGCAGCAACUGGGGAAAAUACAACAAUUUGACAAAUUUGCAGAUAGCCAGAAAUAACAUUAGUGGUAGCAUACCACCAGAGAUUGGAAACGUCAAAGGGCUUUCAAGACUUGAUCUGUCAUCUAAUCAUUUGGUUGGGCAUAUUCCCAAGGAAUUUGGAAAAUUGACCUCUCUAAUUAAUCUCUUUGUGCAAAACAACCACAUUUCUGGCAGUCAACCUGGUGAACUUGGGUCACUGACAAAUUUAGAAACCCUUGAUCUGUCAGAUAAUGUAUUUAAUGGGUCAAUCCCGAUGUUUAUAGGAGAUUACAUGAAGUUGAUUCGCUUGAACCUGAGCAACAACAGAUUUGGCCAGAAAAUUCCGAUGGAGAUAGGAAGGAUCACUCACCUUAAUAUACUUGAUUUGAGCCAUAAUCUUCUUGAUGGAGAAAUACCCCCUCAAUUAGCCCAUUUGGUGGACUUGGCAAUCAUCAAUCUUUCCCACAAUGACCUCUCUGGCCGCAUUCCUAAAGAAUUUAAAAGUUUGACAGGUUAUGUCAUAUUGUCAUACAAUGAGUUGGAAGGUCCAAUACCGAAUAAUGAAGCUUUUAUGAAUGCAUCAUUAGAAGGUAAUAGAGGUCUUUGUGGUAAUGUAACAGGAUUCCAGCCUUGUGAAAGUCCAUUUUCUGUGGUGGAGAAGCACUCAAGACGUAAACUCAUCCUCGUCACUGUACUUCCUGUUAUGGGAGCACUAGUACUUCUCUGUACUUUAAUUGAUGUUCUGCUAAUGUGUGAUGAAAGAAGAAGAGUUGGAGACAUUGAAAGACGGGAUUCCAGUGAUGUUGUUGAUGUUGAUGAAGAUAAUGGUUUGCUCUCGAUAUCCACGUUACAUGGAAGUGCAUUGUACUGGGAUAUCUUAAAAUCCACAAAAGAGUUUGAUGCAGUGUUUUGCAUCGGGAAAGGAGGGUCUGGAAGCGUUUACAAGGCAAAGCUUCCAUCAUUUGAGAAUGUAGCCGUAAAGAGACUUCAUUCUUCAUUUGAGAAUACACAUCUCAAAAGCUUCAUGAAUGAGGUAAGGGCAUUGACAAGGAUUAAACAUCGAAACAUUGUGAAACUCUAUGGCUUUUGUUCUAAUGCAAAACACUCGUUCUUAGUUUACGAGUACGUGGAGAGAGGGAGUUUGUUUAGUAUCUUGAGCAAUGAAGUAGAGUCCAAGAAAUUGGAUUGGCUUAAGAGGGUGAAUAUCAUCAAAGGUGCUGCUUUUGCUUUAUCUUACAUGCACCAGGAUUGCUCGCCACUGUUCAUCGAGACAUAUCAAGCAAUAAUAUUUUGCUUGAUUCUGAGUAUGAAGCUCGUGUUUCAGACUUCGGAAUAGCUAAGCUUCUCAAUCCAGAAUCAUUCAAUUGUACUGCACUUGCAGACACAUAUGGCUACGUUGCACCAUAGCUUGCCUACACAAUGAAGGUUACAGAAAUGUGUGAUGUCUAUAGCUUUGGAGUAUUAGCAUUGGAGAUAAUCGAGGGAAAGCAUCCUGGGGAAUACAUUUCUGUGCUAGCAAAUUCAUCGACUAGAGAUCAUGUGCAGCUUAGCGAUUUGCUUGAUGAACGCCUUCCAAAUCCUGAAGAUGAAGUAAAAGAGGUUUUGGCUUUUAUGAUCAAGCUAGCGAGCUCUUGUUGCUGGAAACUCCAAAAUCAAGGCCAACAAUGCACUUCAUCUCCCAUAUGUUGUCAAUGGAUCCACCUGGUUAUCAUAUAACCUCCAUGAAGGUGAAAAGCUUCCUCGAGAUAUAAGGUGUUUGUGUAUGGAAAAGAGCAAGUUUUGAUGCCAAGUGUGUGAUGAUCCAAAAGGUCAUCACUUGUUUUUAAAAUGAAUUCUGCGUUCUGAGGCCUUAAAAACCUCUCUUAGCAUCACCUUGAUUUACGUGUGUAGUCCGGACGCGUAGCCGGAAAGCCUAAAUGUGAAAAUCUGUGAAAAAUGAUAAGUUUUGAC